AUGAAUCGGUGCACAGUCUUCCUUCUAACUAUCGUCGCUCCACUGCUUGUACAAUCAAAUUUGGGAAGGAGUCUAUUUUUAAAGGGGGAAAACAUCAACAUAACAGGUAUUCUUUGGAGCGAUUCCUUCAAAAUGUUGGUGAAGAGCGACAAAAGCAAUGAGGAUAAUGGAAGAUAUUUUGAAGAAAUGAAUCGAAACAGAUUUUGGGGAUGGAAUGAAGAUUAUGAGACGCUUCUACAUUUUUCGGAAUCGUUUGAUGGGAUGGCGAAUCGCAGUGAAAUCGAUUGGAAGUUUGCAGAAUCGCAAAUGAAUGAGACAAAAAAUUAUUUGUUGGGGAAACUCAAACGGAGAACACUGCUCGAUAAGUUUGUAGAAUGUUCAACUCAAAACUCCGAGAUAUUAUAUCGAUUGAGAUUGUACGCAGGUAAUUUUACAAAAGUAAUGAAGCCGCAUAUUAGGUUUGUGAGAAUGGAGAUUGCUAAACUGAGAGUCCUCAGUGGCGUCUUUCGCGAAAUGGCUGAUGCGAUAAAUAAGGUAGAAGUAGAAAACAAUAGAAUACAGUAUCCCAUGAUACAACAACAGUGA